UGUAAUGUUUUACUCAUAGAGUGAGUCAUUGAGUGAGUGAGCGAUUGAGUGUAUAUUAUAAGUGAAUGAAAGCAUAGACUCAGUGAUAGUGUCAAUAGGUUUAUGACUUUAUGACAAACAAAUGGCAAACAAAUUAAUGUUUCAAAUGAUUGCGUUUGUCAUUGAUUUGACUGAUUAUUAUGACUAUUAAGUGAUUCAAUUCAUUGUUUGGACACUGUUUAUGACAAUUCAGUUGUGAUGUCCCAUCAAAAAUCAGGCAAGUCAUCUGAAGAAGUUAUAGUUAUUGCAAAAUAUGAUUAUACGGCUCAGGGAUCACAAGAGUUAGAUCUGAGGAAGAAUGAAAGGUUAGUAUUACUGGAUGACAGUAAGCAUUGGUGGAAAGUAGUGAAUACAAGAAAUCAAUCGGGAUUUGUUCCAUCAAAUUAUGUCAAAAAAGAAAAGCCAUCGAUAUUUGACAGCAUUCGUAAAAAAGUAAGGAAGAAGACUGACUCUCACUCGAACCGCCACAACAGUCCUCUUUCAUCUCCGAUGGCCACUAAAGCUGUUGACAUAAACAUAACUUCGUCACCGAAUUGCAGUCUUCCGCGACCCGACACGAGUGCCAAUAAAAGAAAUGUUGUUUGUGAGGGCUCGACAUCGAGUACUGAUUACCACAAGAGUGUUGCUUAUGCUAAAUACAAUUAUGAAUCGCAACAAUCAGAUGAGUUAUCUCUAGUCAAAGGCGCUAAAGUGAUUGUUAUGGAGAAGUCAUCAGACGGCUGGUGGAAGGGAGAGCUUAACGGUUCCAUCGGUUGGUUUCCUUCUAAUUAUGUCUGCGAAGAAACAUCUGAUUUAACAAAUAAUUGUUUGGAUCAAAACAAUAUGAUUACUAAAAAUGCAAAAUUAGUUAAUGAUAUAAGUAGUGAAAGUAACCGAAAUUGUGUUUCAAUGAUGACUAAUAACGGCAACAACUCAUCCAUAAAUAAGAACUGUGUUCUCGAUUAUGUCAUUGCCUUGUAUUCAUUUGAGUCACAAAAUGAAGAGGAACUCAGUUUUCAAAAGAGUGAGAGACUUGAGAUAAUAGAGAGACCAGUGAAUGACCCCGACUGGUGGAAAGCCCGCAAUCAACACGGAGAGGUCGGACUCGUGCCUAAAAACUAUGUCCAAGUGGUGACCGACACUGUCAACGAUAACUUCAAUUCAUUUAGUUUGACAUCUAUUCAGAAAGAAUUACCAAAAGUUAAUACAGCUAUGAAUUCUCCAUUAAUGAACACAAGAACUCAGAUGCCAUUAGACUGUAAAUCUGAUAUUAAUGACCGCAUCUGGUAUUAUGGGGCCAUUUCCAGAGGACAGUGCGAUCGCAUGCUUAAUGAAUUGGCAUUAGACGGAGAUUUUCUUAUCAGAGACAGUGAAACUAAUGCCGGCGAUUAUUCAGUUUCAUUGAAAUCUCCGCUAAGGAAUAAACACUUUAGAGUUCAUUACGACGACGGCGUCUAUUGUAUCGGUCAAAGAAGGUUUGCAUCUUUGGAUGAACUUAUUGAACACUAUAAGAAGGCACCCAUUUAUACCAGUCCUAAGGGAGAUAAGAUGUUUCUGAUUAAACCAUUUUCCAGACCUUAACUAUCAUUAGUAAUACUGUAUAACCACAUAAUAUACUUAUAUAUGAUGACUGCAUAUUAUUUACAUAAACAUAGUAGGAGUGCAUCUAUAAAUAAUAUACUGUAUAUAUAAAUACUGAUAUAAACCAAAUGUUGGGUAAAGUUGUGAUUUCACUCAAUUGACAGAU